UGUAAACAAGUCUGGCGGUAUGGAUUACUUUAAAUUUAUUUUGAAACAAGGCACAAAGUAUCAGGCUGUGUUGGGUUACAGUUCUUUAUCUUUGCUUGCUGCUGUAAGUGAGACUUCCUUCAGUACCAUAGUAUAUAAAUGUCCAUGUAACAGCUAUAAUUACAUGUAUGGCUUAGUUUUCUUACUGGUUCCAGCCUUGAUACUCUUCAUGCUUGGCUAUAUCCUCAGUAUUCACAUGUGGCAGCAAUUCACAUCUUGCUGCAACGAAGAAGGGCACUGCUGCUUGAAUGGGAAAGUACAAAAUUACCUAUGGAAGUUUCUGAAAGUGACAUUUGCAUCAGCAUUGGCCCCUCUGACCUGGAUAGCCUUGGCUCUGCUGAAAGGUACUUUUUAUGAGUGCAUAGUCUCUGGCCUUAAUUGGAACUACUUGAAACAACGAUUUUGUGAGAACAAAACAGGGUGUCUGAAGAUAUUGCCUCAGCUGCCCUGUAUUUCGUCAUCAUCAUCAUCUACAUCAUUAUUAUCCACAUUGAACCUUACGAAGAGUAACAUAGAAAAUAUCCAAAGUAACCUACGUGCAGAAUCUCAGAUCAUCGGUUGGACUUUAAUUGCUGCUGUGUUACUUGUAGCAGUGCUAAGUAUAUGCGCACAUCGAUGUUGCUCACCAGUUCGCUAUCGACAGAGGAAAUUCUGGAAAAGUUAUAUAAGACAUGAGCAGAAGAUGGUUGAUAAAAAAACUAAUGAGCUUGCCAUCAGCUUUGCAGAAAGGAAUGUUACAAGUUUUUUUGAACAGACCCAACCUGAUCCAUUCGUAAUGCCAACCUCCAGAGAAUGGCAGCGUAUAUCCUCACCUUACAAUUUCAAAGCAAAUCCAGACUACUAUAGCAUGAUACACAAAUUAAUAGAGGGAAAUACCAAGACAAACGGAGAAAAUGAAGCAUCAGAAACUGUUUAGUGGAAUUCUAUGUGCUAAAUAUUCAUGUGAAUUUGUUAUUCUUUCAUCAUUAUGUUGCUGGUGCUUAAAAGGUUUUGUGAAAUGUUGAACGUAAAUAUACUUUUUCUCCCUCUGUAUUUUUGCAGAUCAGCAGUUCCUCAUCUUCCUGUUUGUAAUUCCCUGCUCACAUCUCAAACAUGUCUAAUUUGAGCCAAUAAGAGUAAACCAAUGACUGUGUAUGUGAAUCAUUACUUCAGCACUAUUCAGCACAGCCUUUACAUCAAUAUCAAGCCGAAUACCACACCAUACAUAUAUUACCAAAAAUGUCUCUAUCUCCAAUGAUUGUCAUUAUAUAGUUGCAGUUUACAUGUUUUGUCUGUAGCCUCUCUUUAAAGGGACACUAUAGUCACCAGAACAACUACAGCUUAUUGAAUUUGUUCUGGUGUGUAGAAUCAUUGCC